AUGAAGAUCUCGCUAAUUAGGUCGUCAUUCCAGUUUGUUUCUCCCUCAACAAUUAGCUCUUUCACCCAAGCCACCACAUGCCCCCUCGACAUCCCGGAAAACCUCUUCUACGGCGUCAAAUCAGCCUGCGGACCCUCCACCCACCACCGCCCCAGCCCCGAAUUCUACUCCAGCGAGCUCCACCGCAGUCGAUGCUGCCCCGUACUCGCCGCCUGGCUCUACUCCGCCUACUCCCAGACCGGAUUGCGCGCGGCAGCAAUGGCUGCCAAGUCCCCGCCUGCCCAAGCGGUCUCGUACGACAUGCCCGUGCUGCCCGACGACUCGGAGACCUGCGUCGAGACCCUGGAGAAGGCGCUGGCCAACAAGGGAGUACAGCUACCUGGGCCCAACGCGACGUGCGACGUUGUUUACUGCUACUGCGGGAUCAGAUUGCACCCCUUCAGCUGUCCGGAAGCGUUUUCAGUCAACACGCGCGGGAAAUUGGUCGGCGGUGAAUCCGUCAAAAGGCUGGAGAGGGAUUGCUUGAACUACGGGCAUGGCGGUGGGCUCGGUGGGUGCUCCAAGUGCCUCCACAGCCUUUAUUUGCUGAAUGGAGAUAAGGCUGGAAGAAGUAACAGAACGGAUAGGACAAGUAAAAUGCAUAACCAGGACUGCGAGCUCAUGGGCCUCACUUGGCUACUUAACAAGAACAGGUCCGCUUACAUACACACGGUCUCUGCUGUUUUGAGGGCAAUCAUAAUGAACACCGAUGAUUCUACCGACCCGGAAAACUGCAGUCUCAACAGUGAUGACAUGCCACUUGCUGUUGACUCUUCCGAAAUCAAUAGUCAGUCCUUGUCGACUAUUCUAGAAACACGCAUUUAUCACCACUUAUUCCCGCUUUUCCUCUUCUGUGUGAGUAUUGUUUUCUCGUUCGUCACUCGGUAUUAG